AUGGCGGCUGUUAUCAAGGCGAUUAACGCCAAAAUCCGUUCCAACAAGGUCCUGGACUAUGUCUGCUCAACACAUUUCUGGGGCCCUGUCUCAAACUUCGGCAUCCCCAUCGCUGCCGUGAUGGAUACCCAGAAGGAUCCUGAGAUUAUCUCCGGACAAAUGACCGGCGCCCUGAUCAUCUACGCCGGUACUUUCAUGCGCUACGCUCUCGCUGUUACGCCGAGGAACUACCUUCUUUUUGCCUGCCACGCCAUCAACUUCACUGCGCAGACGACCCAAGGAUACCGGUAUCUGGCUUACUGGAAGUAC